CCAGGAUUACACAAUUAUGUCUGGUAACCUCGAGGGUAAAACAGCCCUUAUCACGGGUGCCGGAAGCGGAAUCGGGAAGGCCACGGCCCACAAACUGCACAGCUUGGGCGCAACCUUAAUCUUAUCGGAUGUCAAUGCAGAUGCCCUCAAGCAAUUGCAAUCGGAGCUGUCCAGCAGCCCCCAGGGCCCAGACCACGUCUAUCGUCAAUGUGAUGUCUCCCUCAGCACAGACUGUACCCGUCUCACGCAAACCGUCAAAUCCUCAUUCGAAAGACUGAACUUUCUCUUCAACUGCGCGGGGAUCAAUCCGACCGACAUCCCUAUCCUCGAUACUACGGAGAAGUAUUUCACCAAGCUGAUCGAUGUCAACCUCCGCGGCACGUUCAACAUGUCCCGCGCGUGUAUCCCACUCAUGGACGAGGGGUCGGUUAUGGUCAACGUGUCCAGUGUCUGCGGGCUGAAAGGCUUUGCGGGGCAUUCCGUCUACUGCGCGACCAAGUUUGGGAUCAUUGGCUUUACGAAAGCGCUCGCGGCCGAGCUCGGCCCCAAAGGCAUCCGGGUGAAUGCCGUGGCUCCGGGCUAUACGGAUACGCCGACAAUGGUCGGAAAUGUCGCCGGAGGGGAUGCGAAUCAGCGUCUCACGGAGAGUGUCCCUUUAGGACGGUUGGGGGAGCCCAGAGAGGUGGCAGACGUGGUCGCGUUCUUGUUUAGUGAAGGGGCUUCCUGUAUGUCCGGCAGUGUGAUUGAGAUUCAUGGAGGCAUGAACUAGAGGGUUGAAUGGGUUUCAAUAGACCUGACUUCGGUGAUGUUUUGUAUAUAUA